AUGCAAUCCUAUAUCCAAUACAGGCAGCUACGACAUUCUGUCGACAGAAAUCUCGAAGAGAGCUCCUUUAUGGGGCAGAAAAUCUCUCAUGCUUCCCCGGUCGAUGUAUCUGGAAAAACAUCUGAUUCACUCGACGCCGAGAUAGGCCAAAAGUGCCCAGAGGACCCAGAAAAGGCGCUUUCUGAUAAUGGCUGUUCUGGAGUGGACUCAUUGAGAGGAAUCCAAGUCAAAUUACGUCCCGGUGCUACUGGAAGUCCACUGAAAGAGGUAUUUGUAGUUGGGUGGGAAGGAGAACAUGAUCCUCUUGACCCACGCAACUUCAGUCUCUCCAAGCGCAUGAUAGCAACGCUUAUGGUGUCUGUGCUAUCAUUCUCGGUCGGAGCGGCUUCAUCGAUAACUGCUGCCGUACUUCCCCAGAGUAGCAAAGAUCUCAACGUAAGUGAGGUUGCGGGUUCCCUGGUAACUGGCAUGUAUCUCUUUGGAUUUGCAACAGGGGCCCUCGUUUCAGGACCUUUAUCCGAGAUUUUUGGUCGCAAUAUGGUAUACCUUAGUUCGCUCGUUAUUUUCAUGAUCUUUGUGAUGGCUUCUGCCCUUGCCCCGAACUACGGUGCGGAGCUUAUUUUUCGCUUCUUGUCCGGUGCCUUCGGUUCUCCACCUCUCACCUGUGCAGGAGGUACAAUCGCAGAUCUGUGGAACCCACUUGAGAAGACGCUAGCGUUCCCGUUCUAUGCCAUAUUUUCAUUUUCGGGGCCUAUUCUCGCACCUGUGAUCUCUUCAUACAUGGGCCAAAGCAGCCUUGGAUGGCGCUGGGCUAAUUGGAUCAUCUUGAUCAUGUCGAGCAUCGUUUUGGUUAUAAUUAUUCUAAUACAACCAGAGACCUAUGCUCCUCUCCUUUUGAAAUGGAAGGCAAAGCAUUUUCGUAUGAAGGCGGACGACACCAGGUUUGUAUCUGAAAUGGAUAUUAGCCACGCCGAGGUAGGGGCAUUCGCACGGAUUUAUAAUGCAUUGAAGCGGGAAUUUCUUCUCACUUUCCAGGAGCCAAUUAUCAUCCUUAUUUCGCUGUAUAUGACAGUGAUAUACAUCAUUAUCUUUACGUUCUUUGACGGUUAUGAAUUCAUCUUUGGUGAUGUUUAUGGAUUGUCGCAAGGUCUUACAAACAUCAUUUGGUUGGCAAUGUUCGUUGGAAUGAUGUUGGCGGCAUGCCAUGUACCGUUUAUCUAUCGGUGGACAAAAAUUGAGUUCGUCCAGACAAAGGAAAGAAAUGAUAGCAAACACACUCGGCCGGAAAAUCGGUUGUGGUUUGCCAUGCUUGGGGCACCUGCUAUCCCCAUCGGUCUAUUUUGGAUGGCUUGGACAGACUUCUCUUAUAUUUCCAUCUGGUCGCCCAUCGUUGCAUCCGUUUUUGUAGGCUACGGUACCAUUUUGGUAUUCACUAGUUCUUACAUGUAUGUUAUCGAUGUCUAUGAUAUUUAUGCGGCAUCUGCUUUGUCAUUUAUGACGGUAUCACGCUACUACGUGGCGGGCGGAAUGACUGUUGCUGGAAUUCCGUUUUAUCGCAACAUGGGUGUGCAUUAUACCUUGACGAUCCUCGCUUGUAUCAGCUCCUUGAUGACGCUUGUGCCGUACAUUUUCUAUAGCUACGGGCCGAACAUUCGAGGCUGGAGCAAGUACGCGACAAACAAUCAUAGCAUAGCCAGUGUGGCUACUUGA